AUGGAGGCUAACUACGGUUCGAUUAAUCCAACUACGGUUAAGCAGUUCCUGCUAAUGAGCAGUGGAGAAGCAGGUGUAGUGGCUUUGGCAGUCUCGGCUCUGGUCAACGCCCAACUCUGCCUCACUCAGCCUGUGGAUGCCGAGACAAACAAUGAUGAUGAUGAUGAUGAUGAUAAUGAUGAUGAUGAUAGAGAUGAGGACAGUGAUGAUGAUGAUGAUGAUGACAAAGAUGAUGUCAGCCCUACUGACGGCAACAAAAGUGGUGCCAAAAAUGGAUCUGGUGAGGAAAACGGUGAAGCUGAAGAUGACGAGCAAGAGGAGCCGAACGAGGAUGAAGAUGAUGACGAUAAUGAAGAUGAUGAUGAUGAUGAUGAAGAUGAUGACGACGAUGAUGAUAGUGGUGAAGAUGAUGAUGAUGAUGAUGACGAGGAGGAAGAGGAUGAGGAGGAAGAAGCCAUUCAACCUCCCAAGAAAAGGAAGAAGUGA